AUGACCGAGAAAACAACUCCACAACUCCCAAAAGUCCGCGUGUUGGCCAAGGGCGAUGUGGCUUUGCAACACCGUCGUGGCAAGGCAAAGGCAAAUGGAUCCUUGCCCGCCGUCGGCGAGAGCGCUCGAAGUAAAGCGGACGACAACAGAGCAGGUCUCGCUUUUACAGAAGUCAAACCUCGUAUCAAGCAGCUUCAUCACAAGGUGCGGAGCGGCUGCACGACAUGCAAGCAUAGAAGAAUAAAAUGCGACGAGCAUAAGCCAAGCUGCAAAAGAUGCACUCGCUCCGGCCGAGUCUGCCUGGGGUACAAUCCUCCCAGGCCGUGGAUCUUUGAAGGAGUAGAGCCCAAGAAACGAGCCGCGACUUCGGCCCUUGAGAGCGAAAGCGGCGGCAAUCCAGACUCCUCGUCCUGGCAGGAUCCUUAUUUGGCGGCCACCAUCGAUGUCUUGUUUGGCGACACGGAUGAAGAGCGCCGCAGCUUGGAUUUUUGGUUGAGGGGGACUGGGCCGACCUUGGGCAAUUUCGGGCCCGACAAUGAUUUCUGGUGCUGUUUCGUCCCUCGCUGGGCAUGGCAAUCCCCCAUCGUCCGGCAUCUCAUGGUGGCGGCAGCGCUGGUCGACGAGCAGCUCGGUCUGUACCGCAAGGCAACAACAUCGAGAGUGACACCACGUGUGAUUUGGCACUAUCAUGCCGCCAUCACGAGGAUGGCCAACGCAAAGGCGCCCGACAAGGUGAACUUGACCGUGGCAUGCUUGGUCGCUUGGGUCUGCGAGACCAUGCAACGGAAUUACGCAGUGGCAGGUGUCCAUAUCAAAGCUGCUUCACGCCUUUGGGGAGAGAUCAAGGCCUCGUCAGACAAGUUGCCUCAAUCCAUGCUGGACACGAUGGCGCCGAUCGAGCGAGCCGUUCGAUUGUGCGACUCGUACACAAAAGCUGUCCUCGCCGAAGACCCUCCGUCAAGCAAUCCGUUGAUGGAUGGAACAGGCCCCGUGGAAGACACGACAGGCGAUGUUCCCGUUGUCCAUUCCUUGAGACAGGCAAGAGGCUUGUUGUUGGAGUCAAUUGCCGCAUUUUCGGCAAAGGAAUGGACAGACGCUGAUGCCCGGCGGCAACGACUGUAUAUCAGAAAUUGGCACCAGGCCAUCCGCCGCUAUUGUAGCUACGGCACAGAGUCGCGUCUGCACAAAAUUACCGUCCAGAUGUUGUUCAAUGUGGGCAUGGCCUUUCUUCCGGAGAGCGAAGCGGGUACGUUCAGCCAUUAUGCCAACCCAAAGGCAUUGAAGCAUAUUUUGGAAAUUUUCGAGCGGAUUUCGGCAGAGAAGCGCAAGGAGAAGCCCAGCCUGGACGGUGACGAGAUCGAAGUGACACUGGUGUCGGCUUUGGAGGUUAUGAUGAACAAUAUAUAUCAUGACAACCUCUAUCAACGUUGUGAACAGUUGCGCGGGGCGUUGGGAAGGCCGUGCGCAGACUCCAAGAGGUUCUCGGCCACUGCCAACGGCGACCUCAACUCUCAGUCCGAUCAUAUCGCGCAAGUAUUGACCCUGCUGCCAGAUCAAUGGAGGAGGAGUCUUAGGACUGGGCGGAUAUAA